GAAUUUCACCGCCGCUUCGAGAACACUCCGGAUUCUGCCAAGACGAAAGCCUUGCAGACCGUGAUCGAGAUGAAGGACUCUAAAAUCACCUCCAUGGAGCGCGGCCUGCGGGACCUGGAGGACGAGAUCCAGAUGCUAAAAUCCAACGGGGCCCUGAGCACCGAGGAGCGGGAGGAGGAGAUGAAGCAGAUGGAAGUGUACCGCAGCCACUCCAAAUUCAUGAAGAACAAGAUAGAGCAGCUGAAAGAGGAGCUGACCGCAAAGGAGGGCCAGGCGGACGAGCUGAGGAAGAGAGUGUCAGCUCUGCAGACGGAGCUGUCAGGAAUCGGGCAGGUGAAGCAGGAGCUCUCCCGGAAGGACACGGAGCUGCUGGCCCUGCAGACCAAGCUGGAGACGCUGACCAACCAAUUCUCUGACAGCAAGCAGCACGUGGAGGUCCUGAAGGAGUCGCUGACCGCCAAGGAGCAGCGCGCCGCCAUCUUACAGACCGAGGUGGAUGCGCUGCGCCUGCGGCUGGAGGAGAAGGAGACUAUGCUGAACAAGAAGACCAAGCAGAUCCAGGAGAUGUCUGAGGAGAAGGGAACCUUAUCUGGGGAGAUCCACGACCUCAAGGACAUGCUGGACGUCAAGGAGAGGAAGGUGAACGUGCUGCAGAAGAAGAUCGAGAACCUUCAAGAGCAACUUCGGGACAAGGAGAAACAACUGAGCAGCUUGAAGGAGCGAGUAAAAUCCCUGCAGGCCGACACCACCAACACAGACACUGCCCUGACCACCCUGGAGGAGGCAUUGGCCGAAAAGGAGAGGAUCAUCGAACGUCUGAAAGACCAGAGGGACCGAGAUGAACGUGAGAAGCAAGAGGAGCUGGAGUCUUACAAGAAAGAGCUGAAAGACAUGAAAGAGAAAGUCAGCACCUUACAGGGAGACCUGUCAGAGAAAGAGUCCUCACUUUUGGAUCUUAAGGAACAUGCCUCUACCUUGGCAUCCUCCGGCCUUAAGAAAGAUUCCAGACUGAAAACCUUGGAAAUCGCACUAGAGCAGCGGAAGGAAGAGUUUCUGAAGCUCGAGAACCAGCUCCGAAAGCAGUCUGAUGGGUUACAGCACGUCGGAAAAUCAGCCCAUGAGGCUGCGCAGGAUGCGAAAUCCAACCCCGAGGUGAACGAGCGGGUCCUGCAGCUGGAGAAAGAGGUGGCCAAGUACCGGGAGGAGGCCGGCAAGUGCCAGGCGGAGGUGGACCGGCUGCUGGAGAUCCUCAAGGAGAUGGAGAACGAGAAGAACGAGAAGGAUACGAAGAUCGCCGAGCUGGAGAGCAUGUCGAACAGGCAAAAUAAGGACCAGAAUAAGAAGGUGGCGACGCUGAAACACAAAGAGCAGGUGGAGAAGAAGAAGAACGCCCAGCUCCUGGAGGAGGCCAGACGGCGGGAGGACAACCUGACCGACAGCUCCCAGCAACUGCAGGACGUCAUGCGCCAGAAGGACGAUCGCAUCGAAGAGCUGGAGGAGGCGCUGCGCGAAAGCGUGCAGAUCACCGCCGAGCGGGAGAUGGUGCUGGCCCAGGAGGAGUCCGCCAGGGGCAACUAUCAGAAGCAGGUGGAGGAGCUGAUGAUGGCCAUGGAGAAGGUGAAGCAGGAGCUGGAGUCCAUGAAGGCCAAGCUGUCCUCCACCCAGCAGUCCCUGGCCGAGAAGGAGAUCCACCUGACCAGCCUGCGGGCCGAGCGCCGAAAACACCUCGAGGAGGUCCUGGAGAUGAAACAGGAAGCCCUGCUCGCCGCCAUCAGCGAGAAAGACGCCAACAUCGCCCUGCUGGAGCUGUCCUCGUCCCGUAAGAAGAAGACUCAGGAGGAGGUGGCCUCGCUGAAGAGGGAGAAGGACCGGCUGGUGCAGCAGCUCAAACAGCAGACACAGAACAGGAUGAAACUGAUGGCGGACAACUACGAAGCCGACCACCUGAAGACGUCUGCCCAGUCCAACCAAACCAACCACAAGCCCUCCCCCGAUCAGAUGAUUCAGCCCCUCUUAGACCUCGACCAGAACCGCAGCAAACUCAAACUGUACAUCGGGCAUCUGACUGCUCUGUGCCAGGACCGGGACCCCCAGAUCCUGCAAUCGCUUCGCCCGCCCGACUCCUACUACCUGGACGACAACCGGGCAGUGUGGGAGCAGAGGCUGCAGAAGAUGACCGCCCAAGAGUUAAGCGAAGAGUUGGAAAAGUGCGAGCAGGAGAGCGCAGAACUGCAGGAAUUCGCCAACGCCAUCCUCCAGCAGAUCGCAGAUCACUGCCCCGAUAUCCUGGAACAAGUUGUCAAUGCCUUGGAAGAAUCCUCCUGACACCAUUCACCGCCGAGGUCACCGCCCGCAGAACGGACACCAGUUGGGAUCGGCGCCAAGAUCCCCAAAUCAACCGAUUCAUCUUCUACACAAGCUGCAAAGAAAUAAAGGGUUAAUGCGCCUUUACUGAAGGCGAACCUACGUGUUUUUGGGGGUUUCGUUUUUUUUUUACGAGACAAGUCUCUAUAUGUUACACUACAGACAAAUCUUACUGAGCAAAAUGGCUGCCGCUGCUACACUUUAUGUAGAGUUACGGGGAUUUUUUUUUUUUAGUUUUCAUUUAAAACAUUUUUGUGUCAAAAACAAAACAAAAACCUCUGUUCCUGACGUGUUUUAAGGAAUUGUGUAAUAUCCUGAAAUUUUUUACGCCUUUUUUCUUUCCUACGUGGUUUAUGCCCGGGCCCUAGACAGACCCUCCUUUCCCCCUCGUGUACGUUGUCCGAUCGUGUCUGUUACUUCCGCUAAGGACAGAAUGACCCCCGUCCGUGACUCCUCCCCCCUCCUUUCCUAAUUGUCUAUGACGUUGGUGCGUUUAGGGGCCCUACAGUGGCGUAAAAAAAAUGGAAAGUAGUUUAAACUGUUGCGUGUGUCCCGUAGCGACGCACGCGUGUAUAGAUGUAUGAUAUGUGCGCGCGUGUGUAUUACGUAUGAAUUAACCGCCAUAUUCUAUUUUAUUUUUAUUUUUUUGGACAAUUUUACAGCAAAAGUGUACCCGCCGUCGAACGUUCUGCAGGGGGUGAGUCCGGAGCGUUAGGACUGAGCGCGCCCAGUGUCGGGGUAGGUCGGCAUUUCCCAACCGGCGGCGACCAAACUACAACUCCCAGCAUGCCCUAACAGCCGAAGGCUGUCAGGGCAUGCUGGGAGUUGUAGUUUGGCUGCCGCCGGUUGGGGGGGGACGUUAGGGUAGACGGUGGUUCCGUAUCCCGUUACUAGUGCCUUUUACGGAAGCGAAUCGUAACAUAUCGAAGGGCGCGGUUAAGUUUAAUGGAAGUUCUGCAGCUUUCUGUUCCGAUAAGAUCUCCGCUUGCUGUGAGCAAAUGUGGAACAUUCUCUUGUGUCAUGUUUCCACAGCUGAGGGUUUGUUACAGUUUAUAAGUCUGUUACAAUGUAUCAGGGUGGAUACAACCGCAACAAACUGAUGUGGUAAAAGAAGGUGUUUUGUUUUUGUUACAAUGUAUCGGUGCAGGUUAAAUGUAUCGGGCUGUUGAUUAGAAUUGUCUAGACUGGAUACAAUUGUAACAAACCCUCAGCUGUGAGUAGUCUAAAGCCCUGUUCGAUUUGACACAGGUUAUCAAACACCGUACUACAGGCAAUAGUGUCCACCUUCAUCCACCACUAGGGGCCACUGACUGCAUACAGAUAAUACAUUGAACUCAAUAGCAAACCAGUAUGCGGUGAGCUCCCCCUAGUGGUGGCUGCAGGCAGACAUAAUUUUUUCCUGUAACUCGUAGGGGGUAUUUGGAGCAUUGUGCUGGAUCAAAGCCACCACCAGAGGGAGCUAUUUGCAUACAGAUUAUACAUUGAACGCAAUAGCAAACCAGUAUGCGGUGAGCUCCCCCUAGUGGUAGCUGCAGGCAGACAGAAUUUUAUCCUGUAACUCGUAGGGGGUAUUUGAAGUGUUGUGCUGGAUCAAAGCCACCACUAGAGGGAGCUAUUUGCAUACAGAUAAUACAUUGAACUCAAUAGCAAACCAGUAUGCAGUGAACUCCCUCUAGUGGUGACUGCAGGCAGACAGAAUUUUGUUCCGUGACUCGCAGGGGAUUUGGUGCUGGGUAUCAGGAAUUAAUCUGUUUAUCAGCACAGAGCUCUAGAUCUCUGACUACAUGAUAAAAAUUCUGUCUUCCUGCAGCCACCACUAGAGGGAGCUCUCUGCAUACAGAUUAUACAUUGAACUCAAUAGCAAACCAGUAUGCGGUGAGCUCCCCCUAGUGGUGGCUGCAGGCAGACAUAACUUUUUCCUGUAACUCGUAGGGGGUAUUUGGAGCGUUGUGCUGGAUCAAAGCCACCACUAGAAGGAGCUCUCUCCAUACAGAUUUUACAUUGAAGUCAAUAGCAAACAAGUAUGCAGUGAGCUCCCCCUAGUGGUGGCUGCAGGCAGACAGAAUUUUAUCCUGUAAAUUGAGCUUAAGCUUAAAUGACUGCAAAUAAGCCACGAUGAAUAAGAAUUCCUUUAAAUAUGGCGCCAUCAAGUUCGGUGGCGCUGUACAUCACUUAAGUGUUAUGUGUAUGCCAGUGUUCCCAGUCACUCACAGCAAGCGGAGAUCUUAAAAUAAAAAAUAAAAAGUGAUGAUUUAAAGCCCUAGAGCAGUAGUUUCCAAACAGCGGGCCUCCGGCUGUUGCAAAACUACAACUCCCAGCAUGCGUCCGCCGUUUAGAGGCCUAGAAAUAUUCAGGAAGUUGCAGAACUUUUUCCUUCACAAUGAUGCGGAAUCUGAAUCCCCCUUUAGCUCAUGGGACUCUUAAAGGGAUCUUCACCUUGUUCUUAAAGGGGCUCUCUUCCUUCUAGCAUGGAAUCCGUAAAGACGCUAAAGUUUUGUUUGCACUUUGCCAGAUAAACCUUGUAUAGACCGUAUCCGACGGGGGUUGUAUCUUCCAAACAUUUGGUAGAGUGCCUCUUUAUAUGUGGUUGGGUGCCCCUUUAAGAAUGAAAUGAAGUCCAUAUUUAGCAAAAACGUUUUUAUACUGGAGGGAUCAGCUGCUUUAACCCUUUACGGGUGCAAUUCCAGUUUGUGACACCCCCCCCCCCCCCCC